AUGAAGACUGCGAAGCUGGGAUUUCUUCUAGGGCUCUUCAUCUUCUCCUUGCUGACUGUCCCCUUAAGGGGUGGUAUUGAUUUCAUUAACGAAAAAGUGUGUGGAAAACUUAAAGAUCCCUGCCUAAUGGAGGUGAACUAUGGCAGCUGCUUUGAAGUUCACUUCAGAUAUUUCUACAACAAAACGUCCAAAAGAUGUGAAAGUUUUGUAUUCACUGGCUGUGCUGGCAACCUUAACAACUACAAACUUAAGAUAGAAUGUCAAAUCACCUGUGAUGCUGAAUUCAAAAAUAAAGGGUAA